GCCGGGUGGGAGGGGCUGCCCCUGGCUCCCCCCCCCCCCCCGCCCCUGGCUCCCCCCGCCCCUCCCCGCGGGCCCCGCCGCUUCCGCUCGUCCUGGGGCCGCCCCGGGAACCAGGAUGUGCCGCCUGGGCUCUGCGUAGCCGGUAAGUCCCUCUGCCUAUCCUCCCACUAUCCCGGCCCGCGUCUCCUCCCCGUCCCAGGGCCCGGUCCGGCUAGGGGCUGGCCUGGCAGCAGUCCCCAGGGUGGGAGAAAGCUCAUCACCACUUCAUCCUGGGGAAACUGAGGCCUAAGAGGCGUGGCUCGCCCUGGGAUCACACUUGCCAUCAGGAGUGCCGCCAGAACGAGGUGCGAUUUCCGUCGGGGAGGGGUCUUUGGGGAGUAGAAGGAUGGUGCUUCUAGCCCUUCAGUUCCCCCCACCUAGACCCCCACCCCUCAAGCCAGUGCAGAGUGUGUGGGGGGAAGAGGGGGUGUCAGAAGGCCAAGCCCUCUCGCCCUCCAGCAAACUUCUUCCCAGCCAGCUAGGGCUCUGGGUUCAGAGAGGGGCAGAGAUGCAGCUGCUGCUCAGCUCUGGGCAGAGAACGGGACCUGCCCAGUGGUCCCCAAGAUUCUCAGCUCCUGGAGCCACUGUGGACUCCAGUCCCUGAUGUCCCAGGCAGGACUGUCAGAGACAGGGCCUGAGAACCGGGGAAACUGGGGCUCCAGGGGGCCCAAAGGCUCCGCUGGUACAGGACCCGUGCCCAGGACCUCGGGGCUGGAGACCUUCAGCUUGUCCUUCGCGUCCUCUGGACUCUGCUGACCACCAGGCAGCCUGGCCGUGGCCUGAGAAAGGACGCACAAGGUGGCCACUUCCCUCCCGCUUUGUCCGGCAAUGUCACAGUCAUGAGGCCGCCCUUGGUGGGGCCCACAGCAUCUGCACAUGAGGUCACGAGUCGGCGACUGGACUGGGGCCAGAGACGAGAACAGAGGCCCAGAGAGGUUAAAUUAUUGCCCCAAAUCACACAGCCAGUUGGGGCAGAGCCGGGGUUCAGACCCUGGCCUGCUGGCGCCCCCACGGCAGCGCCCUCGGUGCCCCCCCACGCCCCGCCCCCUCCAGAACCUCCUUCUGCUGUGGACCUUCCUGAACUGUGGUUUAGGAGGCGGUGCUCAGGGUCCAGGUGAGUGGACCCCGUGGGGUUCCUGGAGUCGCUGUUCCAGCUCCUGCGGGCGGGGUCUCUCCGUGCGCAGCAGGCGCUGUGUCUGGUUCCCUGGGGAAGAGCCAUGCUGGGGAGACUCCCACGAGUACCGUCUCUGCCGUUUGCCAGACUGUCCCCUACAGGCCAUUCCCUUCCGAGACCUCCAGUGUGCCGUCUACAAUGGUCACCCUGUCCUUGGCAGCCAGAAGACUUACCAGUGGGUGCCCUUCUAUGGUGCGCCCAACCAGUGCGACCUCAACUGCCUGGCCGAGGGCCACGCCUUCUACCACAGCUUCGGCCGCGUCCUGGACGGCACGCCCUGCAGCCCGGGGACGCAGGGGCUCUGCGUGGCUGGCCGCUGCCUCAGCGCCGGCUGUGACGGUUUGCUGGGCUCGGACGCCCGCGAAGACCACUGCGGCCGCUGCGGCGGCGCCAACGAGUCGUGCCUUCUGGUGCAGCGCGUGUUCCGAGAUUCCGGUGCUUUCGCAGGGUACUGGAACGUGACCCUGAUCCCCGAGGGUGCCAGACACAUCCGUGUAGCCCACCGGAGCCGCAACCACCUGGCGCUGAUGGGGGGCGACGGGCGCUACGUGCUCAAUGGGAACUGGGCGGUCAGCCCACCCGGGACCUACGAUGCGGCGGGCACCCGUGUGGUCUACACCCGCGAGGCAGGGCCAGAGGAGAUGCUGAGCGCGGCUGGGCCCACCUCCCAAGACCUGCUCCUGCAGGUCCUCCUGCAGGAGCCCAACCCCGGCAUCGAGUUCGAGUUCUGGCUCCCUCGGGAGCGCUACAGCCCCUUCCAGGCCCAGGCGCAGGCCUUGGGCUGGUCUCUGCGGCAGCAGCAGCCUCAGGAGGUGGAUGGGCAGCCCUCCAAGCUCCCAGCAGCCCCAGCUACCACUGUCCCACGGAUCCCAACCCCCGCCCCAGACCCCUGCUCACCCUGCCCUGACACCCGAGGUCGCGCCCACCGGCUGCUCCACUAUUGCGGGAGUGACUUCGUGUUCAGGGCCCGAGUGCUGAGCCGCCAGCAUCAGGCCCAGGAGACCCGCUACGAGGUUCAAGUGCGGCUCAUCUACAAGAACCGCUCGCCGCUGCGAGCCCUCGAGUACGUGUGGGCCCUGGGUCGCUGCCCCUGCCCCCGGCUGGACCUCCACCGCGAGUAUCUGCUGGCUGCCCAGCGCCUCAUCAGCCCAGACGGCACUCAGGACCGACUGCUGCUGCCCCACACGGGCUAUGCCCGCUCCUGGAGCCCCGCGGAGGACAGCCGUGUGCGCCUGGCCGCCCGCCACUGCCCCAGCUGAGCCCCUCGACAAGGCCCCUGCCAUGUGCCACAAGAAAGACACGCCGGACCAGGAAGCCAGGAGAUAUCUUACACCUCGAAACUGUGUGUCUGCUUUGAUUCCCUUUGCCUCACACUCACGUUCUUAGAGACACUGUCACAAACAAUCCCGUGCUACCAGGAAGCUCGCUGCUGUUUAACGACCUGACGCCCUGUGCUUUCUCCUCUCAUGGACACACAGAGACUGCGUAUAGUCAAAGACGCUCUAACAAACAGGCCCAUCCCCAGAGGACAUGCCUGACGAAACUAUAAUGUCCCCGCUUCCCGCUUUCCUGGCUACCAGCAAGGCCAGAGAUAAUCUUGAGGGCCUUAGUAGUUCUGGCUGGGUUUCUUUCUCUCCUUCCCUCUUUCUCUCUUAAAGCUUUUAUUUUAUUUUUUAA